AGCAGCAGAACAACAAAGAAAACAACACAAAACAUGUUGCCUUCCCAAGAAGCCUCCAAGAUUUACCAUGACAAUUACAUGCGCAACUCCCGUGCCAUCGGGGUGCUCUGGGCCAUCUUCACCAUUUGCUUCGCCAUCGUCAACGUGGUGGUGUUCAUCCAGCCCUACUGGAUCGGCGACAGCGUCAACACGCCACAGGCCGGCUACUUCGGCCUCUUCCACUACUGCGUGGGCACCGGGCCGUCGCCCAGCCGGGAGCUCACCUGCGUGGGCAGCUUCUCCGACUUCAGCUCCAUCCCGUCCGGAGCCUUCAAGGCAGCCUCGGUCUUCGUGUUGCUGUCCAUGGUGCUGAUCCUCAGCUGCAUCGCCUGCAUGGCACUGUUCUUCUUCUGCAACACCUCCACCGUUUACAAGACCUGCGCCUGGAUGCAGCUGCUGUGUGGAGUGUGCCUAGUUCUGGGUUGCAUGAUCUUCCCAGACGGCUGGGACGCAGAAGUGAUCAGGGACAUGUGCGGGGAGCAGGCGGGGAAAUACUCCCUGGGCGACUGCUCCGUACGCUGGGCCUAUAUGCUGGCCAUCAUGGGCAUCCUGGACGCUCUCAUCCUCUCCUUCCUGGCCUUUGUGCUGGGCAACAGGCAGACCGACUUCUAUCUGGAUGACCUGCAGACAGAUAACAAAGAUUUCGCUGUGUCAAGGAUUGAGGUUCGAGAAAGACGAGAGCCACGGUACGGAGUGCAGCGUCUACACUGAGUGCAGUGACACAGCGCGGGUUGACUUCUUCUCUCUCGCUCACCUACUUCUCCUUCUUUUGCUCUGUCCUCCUCUACUUUCAUCUCAUUCUCUCCUCUCAAAUGAUCAGGAUUCUCACCCACAUCUUCGUGCAUACACCAAGUGUACAGGAUUCUGUAAGAUAUUUAAAAAAAACAACAGACACACAUUGGGAUAAACUAUAUUUUGAAAAAAGAAAAGAAACCACAGUACACUAUAUUCAAGGUUGUACAGUGCAUUUAUUGAUUAACCUUCUAGACAAAUAUCUUUACGACAGAAACGGAAAAUGUAAAGCACUUGAAGUCUUGACUUUUGUGAGAAAUGAACUCCUUUAGAUGAAGAACCAUAAUAUCCUGAAUUCAAUUUGACUGUGGCUGUUUAUCGAUUUGUCAUUUUCGGUGUCUGUGUGCAGUCGUCGUUUCCUAAAGCAGACCAGGGAUUUCUCUACACAGAGGUCAAGGCUCACAUUUGUAAACAUUUUACUCAGGACUUUUAUGGCUCUUCAUCUAAGGACUGUCAGACAUGAGGAUUCAAAAUAAAGUUGACCCCCACUGCAGCUUUACGGAACCUAUAACAUCUCUGGGAGAUUCUCUACUACUGUACAUACGAAACAAUGUAAAUAACAUUUCUGCUGACAGAAACAGCCGACAACAAAACCUCAUCUGACUCUAAUGCAUUAAGUAUUCUACUUAUGAUUUCAGUGUUUUUCUUGUGCUGGAAAAGCAUUGGAGUACGUGAGGAUCCAUUGUGUUUGUUAUCCGACUUCUUAUUGCAGAUGUGGAGGGAAUAAAAUGGAUGGAAAAAAAAAAACAGAAUACCAAGAAUCAAUGCGAUGAGAUGCUUCCUUAAAGCAUGGCCUCGAAAAAUACCUAAACUGUGGUGGGUUUUUCUCCUGUAGAACAUGCAGUUACCCAAAAAUGGAGAAGGGUUCUUGACUUUGUUCUGUUCCUGUGUGCAGUCACCUCCAGUUUACAGUUCCAGCAUACGGUGAUUAAUUAACUCUGUAAAUGUCAUGAGUCUGUGUGAAUAUCCUCGUAUGAGUUGGCCUUCUCUCAGAGGGAAGCCCCAAGUGCUGCACUUAAGGUGAUGUCACUAAGAUGCCUCUUUGCCGCUUUGCAGUAGUCAUAUGAAUUAAGUAUUUAGACAGAAAACACACACACAUACACACACAUAAACUAAAAUGUGUUUAAUCCAAAGUUUAUGCAGCUCAACACUGUGGUUCCAGAAUAGAACAAACGCAUUUGUCCAAAUUUGUGUCACUGAUUGACCUGACUCUAGGAUUAAAACAACGUAGAUAUAUUAUAUUUCAAAAAAUUAAAUUUAUUUCUGCAACAAGUGCUGUCGAAAAGAGUGGCCUGUCACUGUUAUGCUGUGUAAGUUAGUAAAAUAUACUGUGACUAGAUUUCCUACCACAUGAGAUACAUUUUUAUUAACAGUACGGUCAAGAGGUCAGAGGUCGAGGGCCUCACACUAAACUGGCACAAAUUAAAUAAAUGUAGUCUUGUCUUAUAUCUACCAGAUUUUAUAUUCUUGUUUCAUUUGGUCCUAAAUUGAAAUCAGAGUUGCAUCAGAGGAGGAUGGGAAUUUCAAUCAGCUGCAGGAGCAUCUUUUCCUGGGUGUGUUGACGCUGCAGUGUGAGGCCAGUGACUCACCGACGUACUCAUUUGCACUGUAAUAGCUUCUGUAGCCCCAGAACCGCUCGAUGUGUUUGCCUCGAUGACUCUGGUCGUCUUCACAUCACAGUCAUUGCUCUAGAUGCAAAUAGAACAUGUGAUGAUCGGCAGCUGCACAGUGUAACAGAGCAGAACGCUGUUUAUUGGGUGGGCCCCGGGGGCUCCAGCACUCCAGGCCUGAGAUCCUGUCAAGUGAGCCCGCUAGAGCACCAAACCUGGAUCAGGUCAGUGCAGGGGUAAAGUGUGCUGUGCAGUAAAAGCACACAGUUGCUAGUUUUUUUAUUUGUGGACCGACGUGACAUGGCCCAUAUAAGUGAGUUAAAGGAUCUCACUGUAAAACCCUGAGCUGGUUGACCAUGUGAGAAGAGAGUGGGCAACAUGACAUGGGACAUACAGAACAGUCCUGUGAAGGACUGAUUAUUGUGCAAUAUAAACAACAGUAAUCCAUCUGACAUUGUGCUAGAGAAAUUCAUGAUUAAAACAAAUCCAAAAUCUGAAAAAUGAAGCAGAAUAAG